CUAGUAAUUAAAAUCGGAUAUACCUCUGUGAAAUGAAAACAGUGUCACUUGGCUGUCUUCAGCAGCACACGGAGAUUUAGACAGCUGGACUAAAAUAUCAUUAGCCUUUCUAACGUAACAUUUGGGACAUAAUUUUAUGAACUAAAGGAACAAAAUCAAAUAAGAGGGAGAUCGUAUACUAUGUAAAUUUGAAAAUCCAGAGUUCAGAACACAGUAAAACAUUAAAGCAUCGAAAAGGAACCUCUCCUGUCAUGAACCAGGAACUGUAGCACCCACUUCCACCCUGUCAGACUUUCUCUUUCUGAAACGCCACGUCUCCUGACGUCACUGCCGCACCUGAGUCGCCAUCUUGGAGCUGGAGAAGUAGAGGAAAAACGGAAAGUAAGCAAGAAGGCUUGAUUGAAGGAGGCAGUUUAAAGGAAAAGACUGUAUUAACAAACGGUUUGAACUUCUUUUGAAAGAUCCAAUUUCUUAAGUGACAGCAAUGAAUCCUGAAUAUGACUACCUUUUCAAGCUUCUUUUGAUUGGAGAUUCUGGUGUUGGAAAGUCAUGUCUUCUCCUUCGAUUUGCAGAUGACACGUACACAGAAAGCUACAUCAGCACAAUCGGUGUUGAUUUCAAAAUCAGAACCAUUGAAUUGGAAGGCAAAACCAUUAAAUUGCAGAUAGAAUCGUAUAACAAUGUGAAGCAGUGGCUGCAAGAAAUAGACAGAUAUGCCAGUGAAAAUGUUAACAAACUUCUAGUAGGGAACAAAUGUGACUUGACCGCAAAAAAAGUAGUCGAUUAUACAACUGCAAAGGAAUUCGCAGACUCCUUGAGUAUUCCAUUUUUGGAGACCAGUGCCAAGAAUGCUACCAAUGUAGAGCAAGCAUUUAUGACCAUGGCAGCGGAAAUUAAGAAACGAAUGGGGCCUGGAGCCACAUCAGGAGGAAACCAAACAACCUUCAAACCUGAUAGCACCCCUGUAAAACCUUCUGGUGGAGGAUGCUGUUAAAACGGACAAAUUAACAAGAACAGCACUGUACAUCUUUUUUACCUUUUAAAAAAGAAAAGCUUUUGAGUCGAUUACAACAGUUUGCCUACAGCUAAAACUGGAACCUAGGCUUAUUUUAUCACCAUCUUCAUAUUGGUUCCUAGGACUGCUUGUGGGCAAGCAACAGUAGUCGUCCUAAUCCAGAAAAACACGGAACUGCUGACAUUACUUGAUCUGUUUUAAACUUUGUCCUAUUUCUAACAUAUGUGCAUUUGUUAAGAGUGUGCAGUUUAUCUUGAAAAAUUAUCUUGUGAAGGGUUCUUUUUAGGACAUCAAAAGGGUAGAUAAACACUUUUGAAAUAAUUCCCAGUUCUUUAUGUAUGUAAUUAAGCAUCCAGAAAAUUCCACUGGUGGUCCCAGUUGUAAUACUGGUCACUGCAUUCAACUCGUAUUUACAUAUGUGUACAUAUAUAUAUGUAUAUACAUAUUAUAUAUAUAGAUAUAUAUAUCAAGAGAAUAUAAAGUAUUGGAAGUUGUAUGACUAAUUUGACCCUGAUGGAUGGAAAGGGCUAAACAUCAGGAUGUUGGAUAUGGGUUGAAUUAUGUAGUUUUCAUAUGAUCAUUUUUCAUUGUUUAGUCUGUGUCUGCCCCCUCUCUACUGUUGCAGUUUGGGAGCUGUGUAUUACAGUGUUCUUUUCAGAGUCCGUGUUGCUUUGAUUUUAUUCACUAGCUAAAUCUCUUUCAGGAUAGAAGAAAAGACUCACUUGCAUGUAUAUAUUAAAAAAAAAAAAAAAAAGAGGCAAGGGACGGCCAGUACUGUGUAUAGUUGAGAAGCGCAGUCCAUUCUUAGCGGUAAUUUACAUGGUCACAGUUUAAUACAUUACUUGAGUUCACUCAGAUUAGGUUGUCGGUUGCAUACAUUUCACUUGAUGGUCUCUUAUGUGGGAGCGCUGAAACAGAGCAAAAUAAAUAGAAAAUCAACCAGGACUCUUAAAUUCAGAAGUUCAUUUUUUUCUUUCUUUACUUAAUCUCAUGGUUUCAUAAGUUCAUAGCUAAUUACUAGACUACCUGCCUUAAUGGGCCAUUCUAAACCUAGCCAGUUUCCCUCCAAAAGGUGAGAAUCAAACACUGUAAUUUGUGUCUUUUAGUCAAGCACCUUAACUAUAAUACCCAACCGCAAGUUGAUUAUUUAAUGUUUGAUUUGUUAUUCAACAGACUGCUACAAAAAGUAAUUUCUUGCUAGUACUUUAGUAAAUGAGUAGAUAUUUGUCAGGGCACUUAUUGUUUGACAGUCACAGUAAUAGCAGAGAUAAUUAUACUCUAAUGUUAAGAUUCACAAAGCAGCAUUGCUUCUUGAAGCUGAUGUUCAGGGUUGGCUAUGUAGGUGACACAUUGUAGAAGACAUCCAUUCACCAGGUGUGACCCGGUGCGUGAUGCAUGUGUUUUGUAGCAUUGUAAUUUUUUUGCUUAACUAGUAUUUACAGCAAGAAUAUAAAUUUAUUUCAACAGUG